AGUGCGGCCAUCAGGGAUGGCGGCGUCCAGUGGGACUGAGGCGGGUGGAGGUGGCGGAGAGGAAGGUGUCUGUGGGGAGCCGAGAGGAGCAAAGAUCCUGGCCGCUGGAGCCCAGCGUCGCGUCGGGGCGUGACGGUCGUCCCCAAGAGGCCAAGCUCAGGUGCCAUCCUUUCCUUCUGAAAGCUACCACCAUGACCCUGACGAAAGGUUCCUUUACCUAUUCCAGUGGGGAGGAAUACCGUGGCGAAUGGAAGGAGGGCCGGAGACAUGGUUUUGGUCAACUGAUGUUUGCCGAUGGUGGCACCUACCUGGGUCACUUUGAGAAUGGGCUCUUUAAUGGCUUUGGGGUACUGACCUUCUCAGAUGGCUCAAGGUAUGAGGGGGAGUUUGCCCAGGGCAAGUUUAACGGCGUCGGAGUUUUCAUUCGCUAUGACAACAUGACCUUUGAGGGGGAAUUUAAAAAUGGCAGAGUAGAUGGCUUCGGCUUGCUGACUUUCCCUGAUGGUUCUCAUGGAAUACCCCGAAAUGAAGGCCUGUUUGAGAACAACAAGCUGCUAAGGCGUGAGAAGUGCUCUGCUGUGGUUCAACGGGCUCAGAGUGCCUCCAAGUCAGCCAGGAAUCUCACUGCCUGAUGGAGCUCUGGGCACAGCUGGAAACAAUCCCUUGAACAUGUGAGGUGAACAAAUGAACCAGAUAUGAUAUGAGAAUGACUGUGGCGCCACAGCCUGUGAGAUGCUGUCACCUGCCAAUCAGGAGUUCAGUCGAAGAAAAGCAUGGAGGAUUUUGGCCCCAUGACCCUGCAGCAGUUCUGUCCUUCCCUGACCCUUAUGUGCUGAAGAACAGGGGCCCGCUCUUUCCUCCUUGCUGUUACUCCGUUUCUAGAACCUUGGUACCCAGUGCUGUGGCCUUCUCUCUAUCUGCUGUCAAACCACAUAGAAUCUCUUUAAUCCACCUACCCUUAUGGCCAAUGAUCCUGGCUCCAACUUAGGGCCAGUCCUGUGUGCUGCCAUGGAGAAAUCAGGAAAAAGAUAGGGGUAACUAAGACCACAGCAGCUCUGUAAAACCCAGGCCAGAGCUUUUCUGUGUGUUACCCCCUCAUUCACUGCAUUUGGAGGCCUGGGUCCAGGCUUGUCUCUGUGUCUUCUUGUUUCCCCUCAUUGUAAGAGUGUGGCUUUCUUCCCUCUCAACUUUAAAGUAAACUGUCUUCCUUACCUGAGUUACAGCAGAUAGCCCAGUCCCCAUCUGUGCCUCUCUCUCCCUUAGAUGUCAGACAGGAUCCCUUCAUAGAAUAGCCAAAUAAGAAACUAGUGUAAGAGUAACUAUGACUUGUACUCAUUAUUCAAUCCAGGGCAAGGGGCAAAGCUAUCCAGGUCUCCUAUGGGAUGACCUGAAUCCCUGGGAAAGCUUGCACUGAGAGUUCCUUCUCAGUGCACCAAUGGAUCAGACUCUCAGCCCCUUGAGUGUUGGAAGACUUGGCUCCAUCCUCAUGUGUACUGACUGGCAUUGGCUCCUCCAUUUCACUCAUGACUCUUCAAGCAAGAGUCUUGACCCUCGAGCCUGGGGCAGAUCUUCCUGCCAAAAUAAUCCCCAGGUCUCCAGUUAGCCCAGCUCCCAUCCUCAGAUCUCCCUCAACAGCAGACUGUGGUGGAAAUCAUAGCUGUCUGCCUCUAUUUAUUCCCUGAGCUGUACUGUAGAAACAAGUGUCUAUAGGAAUAAACCAAUCACCACAACUGCCUA